UGUUUUCAUUUGUCACACAUAAAUCAACAUUUAUUAAAGAUUUUAAAGGUUUAUUUGCAAUGUGUCACAAUGGACCCUGUUUUUUUUCCAGCUCAGGGCUGAUGUAAAACAUUUGUGUUCUUUUUUUUUUUUAUUAAAAUUGCUUUCUGCUUUAAAAUGAUCGAACGUGUGCUAUAAACGGUUCAAACGAAAGAUGAAAUACAGAAAAAGAAAUUUAACCACAGACUGAGAGAUUUAUUUAUUGGGAAGUGAAACUUUAAGGUUAAAGCCUCAACUUUUAAACACAUGUAUCCACAGCUCUUAGAAAUAGAACUGAAACUGUGAUCGGUGCAGUGUACUUCCUGAAACCACUGCUCUCCAGCUCAAAGCUAGGCCUUGUUAUUUUCCUUAGAGAAAUGCUGUUUUGUUUUUAUGCCUAUAAUAUGUUAGGGUGGAAAAAGUGUCCAUGACGCAUAAAAUGGAAUCUGAAGGGAUUCAAAACAUGAAAACGUCCAGCAGAGGGCGCAAUAAGGCUAGAAAAUAUUUAUUUAUUAAAAAUUUGACAGUUGCAUUGAGGUUAAUUUAGUUCAACCAUCUUCAGUAAAGAUGCACAUGAAAUGCACAGCUUGUAAAAUGUUGUUCUGGUGAAUCUGUGACAUGUGAGCAACUUGCAGAGUUGGUUAAUGCUGAGAGUCAUUUCGUCCUCUGUUGGUUCCGCCCAUUUCCUGACGUCACCAGGAAGCGGCGGUUACUACGAGGCCGGUGCUCCAGGAGACAUGGCAGGAACGGUCCGACAGGGCGUUUCUGGCGUGGUGGCGGCCGUCCUGAAGAGCACAGCCGCGGGUUUCGCCUUCGGAGAAGCUGCCUCGUUCGCGGUCCAUCCCGCGCUGACUGACGACGGCGCCCUGCUGAGCGCCGCCGCUCUGGCCACUCGUCGGGCCGGUUCCACCGGCGUCGGGGUCGUGGCCGCGUGCCUCCUGUUCACCUCGGUGCUGUUCUCCUUGGGCGACGGCUUCCUGCUUGCCUCCGGGGCCAUGAAGGUGAUGGCCAGAGCUGGGGCGAGGUCUCCGUGGGUGGAGGAGUCCGUGACGGGGGCCUCCGUCGUGCUGGGCGCCGUCACCACUGGGGCGUUAACGGGAAUCCUCCCACCGUGGAUCUAUAUUGCAGCACAGGGGGCUGUGGUCCUUACAGUCUACUCAUACUCUAACAUAAACGACAUGACUGUCGCUCUUCUAAUCAUCUUCACCACUAUCUAUGCUUUGACAAAGCGGAUGAAACGAAGGCCACAGUCUGACCCAGGCUGCAGACUGCUAGAGAGGAUAUUCUUCUACUCUGUUUGCGUGGGCAUAUUGGGGUUUUCUGUAGGUGUAGUAGCAGGUGAGGCGGGACAAGGGACAGAAGCCGAGGUGGUUUCGAUGCUGCACUCGGUCCUGUGGGUGGCGCAUCUGUCCGCGGCGCUGCUGGGAGCUGGCCUGGGAACAGUAGCCAUGGUCGGACUCGGCCCAGAGGCGGCCGGAAAGGUCUCCGUGGGAGCUGCUGUGGUGUCAUCGCUGGCUCUGAGGGCUAUUUUGCAGUCGAGCUCUUUUCUGGGGCCCCGCAGCAGCGUGGGGGGGGCAUUGGGAGCAGCCGCCGCUUCCGGGGUGUCACUCGGAGCGGCAAGUGUUUCCGCGAAGCAAGCGUUCCAGGCGAGACUGUCUGCUUGGCUUGUUUCUGGCUCUGUUGCCUUUGGCGCGGUGCUGGCCGUCGCCUGUGCGCCGCUGACGGCCGCUCUGCCGACGACAUCAGAGCUCAUCACCAUCGCUCUGGUUGGAGCCGGGGCGUUCGUUCUGGGUGCGCCGAAGAGCCCGUUCCACACGCAGGUGAAUCUACGAAGGGGCCUCCUCACUGGGCCCGAGCUAAUUAAAGGGAUCGGCAUGGAGACGGUGACAGCAGCAGCGGCGCCUAUUGGAGCCGGGGCGCUUGGGGCCGCGGCGCUGGGGACCGCAGCUCUGGGGAGACUGGGGACUGUGGGAGUUGUGGUGGCUACAAUGUUGGCUUUAGGAAGUAUUCUGGGUGGUGUUGGAAAAUCACCAGCAAACUCACACAGUGACUGAGGGUCACAACAGUGUCUCUGCUGCUAAUGUGUGUGAACAUAAACUCUAAAUAAGUGUGUGUGUGUGUGUGUGUGUGGCCUUUUGCUGACCUACUGAAAAGAAAAUCAUUUACUGUUUAUGUGUCAUAAGUGUGUUUUAUUGGGGUUGCGAGUGUUAAAGAGAUCAAAUGGAAACUUUAUUAGUGGAAACAUAUUUAUUCUAUGAAAUGAUGACACCAGCACUUGAGGAUAUAAUAAAUAAGAUAAACAUAAAUUAGUUUUAUUGCGUAGCUUUGAUGAGUCCUUUCCCUCACAUCACAUUUCCCAAGACACAAUUACAUGCUGCAGUUACUAAGGUUUCAUCUUAGCAACAGUAACAGAGGUCUCGGUGUUUAGAGAAUGGGAGGGGACGCGGGAGGAGAAUAAUAACAGAAGACAAGGGAGCAUCUUAGGAUAGGUUGUGUCAUCCGCGUUAGAGCAAUUCAUUUCUACAUAAUAUUGUGCCACUCAGUCGUACAUCAAGCUGUGUUCCUUUCAAGUGGAUUUGCUCCAGUUGUUGUAACAUGGCAGGAAAACGGGACUUUUCCUGCGAGACGCUGCAGGAUGAACCCCCAGCGAAACAACGGACGCAAAUGAACAUCACAAUAAAGUAAAAAGAGUAUCUCUGAUGGGACCCAUUUCAACGUUUCCAUGGAUUUUCGCAGUCCGUGCGCGUGGACAGCUAACGCGUAGAUGACUGCCUGUGAUACGCCGCCAUGUCUGUGAGCCGGGACCACGCCACGGACACGGAGCAGUCCGUGGAGUACUCCGUGGAGUAUCCGGCGCAGGGUCCCGGCGAUGCGGGGCGCGGCGCGUGUCGGACGCGCGACGCGACCGCGCUGCGGCCGAGCCGCUGCCGCGUCCUGCCGCGCGCGGCGCGCCUCACCUUUACGCCCGAGUCGCUGGAGAGGCUCUACCAGAACUACUUCCGCCGCCAGCGGCACGAGAACCUGUCGGUGCUGGUGACGUUCGCCGCGCUCUUCAACAGCUUCGUCGUGGUCAUGUGCGCGGUGGUGUACGCGGAGGGCAAGCUGGCCAUGGUGGCGGUGGCCGCCGCGGGGCUGGCCGCGGACGCGCUCCUCUGCGCGCUGCUCUGGUUGGAGAAGCUCCCCGCGUCGCUGUUGACGCACAGGGCGUUCGCGUACGCCGUGUGGCUGAUGAUCACCGUCCAUGUUUUGUGUUACAUGGCUCUGAACCAGGAACGUUUCCCCCACGCCAGUGACUCCGUGGGCUGGCAGGCCUUCUUCACCUUCUCCAUUUUUCUGACCCUGCCCCUGAACCUGCUGCCCAUCCUGCUGCUCACGGCCCUGUCUUGUGGGGUUCACACCCUAGUUCUGGGGGUGAUUGUGGCUCAGAGGUUUGGUGACACCCUGCAGGGGCCCAUGCUGGCACGACAGCUCCUGGCCAACAUCACGCUGUACCUGUGUGCAGCCAUAGUGGGGGUCAUGUCCUACUUCAUGGCCGACAGGAAGUACAGGACAGCCUUUUUAGAAGCCCGUCAGUCGCUGGAGGUCAAGCUCACCCUGGAGGAGCAGAGCACCCAGCAGGAGGAAUUGCUGCUGUCCAUCCUGCCCAAGCACAUAGCUGACGAGAUGCUGCAGGGCAUGAAGAACCAGGCCACCCAGAAGGAGGUCCAGCAGCAGCAGCAGCAGCAGCAGCAGCAGUUCAACACGAUGUACAUGUACCGCCACGAAAACGUCAGCAUCCUGUUCGCAGACAUCGUGGGCUUCACCCAGCUGUCCUCGGCCUGUAGCGCCCAGGAGCUCGUCAAGCUGCUCAACGAACUCUUUGCCCGCUUCGAUAAACUGGCAGCACAACACCACCAGCUGAGGAUAAAGAUCCUCGGAGACUGUUACUACUGUAUCUGUGGGCUUCCUGACUUCAGGGAGGACCAUGCCGUCUGCUCCAUAAUGAUGGGCCUGGCUAUGGUGGAAGCCAUCUCCUACGUGCGGGAGAAGACUAAGACCGGCGUGGACAUGCGUGUGGGCGUGCACACGGGCACCGUGCUGGGUGGAGUUCUGGGACAGAAGAGGUGGCAGUUCGACGUCUGGUCCACGGACGUGACCGUAGCCAAUAAAAUGGAGUCCGGGGGGAUUCCGGGGAGAGUGCACAUUUCCCAAACAACCAAGGACAGUCUGUGUGGGGAGUUUCAGCUGGAGCAGGGCAACGGGGGCGAGAGGUGCGAGUAUCUGCUGGAGAAAGGCAUUGAGACGUACCUGGUUCUGGUGCCCAAGGAAAAGGUGGCAAACGGGCACAGCGGAAGCCAAUCACCAGGCGCAUUGUUUAAGAACCAUUCAAACCAGUUGAUCAACACUACAGAAACCAAUGGUGGCACAGCUUCACCCCACUCCACCCCUACUGAACCUAAGCAGCAGAGUAAUAAAAAAGUCGAGGAACAAGUGAUCAACACCCGAUUACAGCAGGAGCUGCUGGAGAGAGAAACUCAACAAAUAAUGAAGGACAAUCGGAUCAACCCCCUGUCUCUGCGCUUUGUGGAUGGGAAGCUGGAGGAGCAUUACUCCUCGGAGAAGGAGAAGCGGAGCGGAGCGGCCUUCGGCUGCUGUAUGAUCGUGCUCUUUUUCAUCACAGCCAUGCAGGUGUUCAUAGACCCAGUCUUGUCUGUGAUCUAUGUGACUCUUGCCAUAGGAGAAGUAUUGCUGCUGAUCCUCACACUCUGCUCCCUGGCUGCCUUCUUCCCCAGGAUAUUCUCCAAGAGGCUGGUGUCUUUCUCAGCGUGGCUCGAUCGCACCCGAUGGGCAAGAAACACUUGGGCAAUGGCAGCCAUUUUUGUUCUUACAAUGGCUGUGAUCGCUGACAUGCUGAGCUGUGUUCCACCGACUCUACGGGUCCUCAACGGCACCUCUGGCCCCAUCGUGGAGUCGGUGGGCGGCCGGAGCUGUACAGAGAACCCGAAGCACUACAGCUACAUGGCUGUGAUGUCGCUCAUCGCAACCGCCAUGUUGGUGCAAGUCAGCCACCUGAUCAAACUGGGCCUGAUGGUUCUGGUGGUAACAGCAACUGGAGCUGUCAACAUUUACAGCUGGAGAGACAUCUAUGACCUGUAUGACUAUAUACAGUUUGCCUCCUACAGAGACUUUAAAGUUCCCUCGAAGCACCUCAUGACCAUCAUGAUCAUCGUCAUGAUGAUUGGCUUCUACUUCUUUGCCCGACAACUGGAGCGUCAGUCCAGGAAACUGUUCCUGUGGAAGAUCGGGGUGCACGACCAGAAGGAGAAGGUGUUCGAGAUGAGACGCUGGAAUGAAGCUCUUGUCACCAACAUGCUGCCUGAACAUGUGGCCAAACACUUUCUGGGCUCCAAGAAGAGAGACGAGGAGCUCUACAGCCAGUCGUAUGAAGAAAUAGGUGUGAUGUUCGCUUCCAUCCCCAACUUCUCUGAUUUCUACACUGAAGAGAGCAUCAACAACGGCGGCCUUGAGUGUCUGCGCAUUCUCAAUGAGAUCAUCUCUGACUUUGACAGUCUGCUGGACCGAGAUGAGUUUCGCUGCAUCACUAAGAUCAAGACAAUAGGCAGCACCUACAUGGCUGCUUCAGGCCUCGCUCCAGAGAGCAACACUAACGGAUACAACAAUCGAAAGCCUGAAGACCAGUCACUGAUUGAGCGCUGGCAGCACCUUGCUGACCUGGCUGACUUCGCCUUGGCCAUGAAAGUCACCCUCAACAACCUCAACAAACAAUCCUUUAAUAACUUCAUGCUUCGAAUUGGUCUGAAUAAAGGGGGAGUUCUCGCUGGAGUGAUUGGAGCCCGCAAACCUCACUAUGAUAUCUGGGGCAAUACAGUCAACGUGGCCAGCAGAAUGGAAUCCACUGGAGUGAUGGGAAACAUCCAGGUGGUGGAGGACUGCUACCACAUCUUGAAAGAGUAUGGCUUCCGCUUUGUUCGUAGAGGGCCCAUCUACGUCAAAGGGAAAGGGGAGCUGCUAACGUUUUUCAUGAAAGGCAAAGACAAACCCAGUUCCAACGGUGGCCCAGUGACCACUACUCUGCCGCACCAAGUUCAAGACCCCUCAUGAAUAUUUUCACUCAGAAAUGUCAUUACCUCACAGAUACCCCCAGGCAGAAUGUCCAUUCUGCUCCAUUUCUCUCAUGUGUACAGUAGACCUUUUUAUUAUGCUCUGUAGCAACGUAAAGCAUAGGAAAGUCAACAAACACAACAAAAAUGGGUUUUUGUGAGCAUUACAACAGUCAAUUACCAUUUAAUCACAAAUACUUUUAAAAAGUCAUGUAUUACUUUAUAGAAUUCUGGAAUAUAGCCGAAUAUCACACAAAGCUUCAGCAUUACAGAUUGUAUCACUUUGCACUUGAUUCAUAGAGUGCUUCAAAAACUACAAGCGUGUUCAGUCACAUGUUGGAAAAGUUGUUGUGCCUGAAGGUCAGGUUUUGUAAAAUAAUGUAGGCCAAUCACAGUGUAUUUAUAUUAUGUGUUAAUAAAACAUGUGUGCCUGA